AUGACCGUCGCAAAAGCUGCCAAGACUGCCAAUCAGGCCUUUGUACUGCAUCCCGGAGGUAAAUUUGUUUUUGAAGAACGCCCUAAACCCACGCUCCAGUCAGACCGAGAUGUCAUAGUCCGAGUCAUAGCAACAGGACUCUGUGGUUCAGAUGUCCAUUACUGGCAACACGGUCGAAUAGGGCCAUACGUCGUCGAAGCACCUAUAACACUGGGCCACGAAUCCACAGGGGUCGUGGUAGAGAGCGGAAGCGAUGUUCAAGGCCUCGCCGUUGGAGACCGCGUCGCCCUCGAGCCCGGCAUCGCCUGCAAUACCUGUAAUCAUUGUCGCGGCGGCCGCUACAACCUCUGCCAGGCGAUGCGUUUUGCCGCGACACCACCUUACGACGGAACGCUCGCUACCUACUACCGCGUGCCUGCCGAGUGCUGUUUCAAGCUCCCAUCCCACAUCUCACUACGCGACGGUACCCUGAUCGAGCCUCUUAGCGUAGCCGUGCAUAGCUGCCGAUUGGCAGGCGAUAUGCAGGAGAAAUCAGUGGUUAUAUUCGGAGCAGGUCCUGUCGGAUUACUCUGCUGCGCCGUUGCGCGAGCCUUCGGCGCGUCAACAGUUGUCGCCGUGGACGUCGUCCCGGCUCGCCUCGCUUCCGCUGUGAAAUAUGGUGCUACCAUUACAUACCAAAUGAGCGCCGAGGAUGCUGACAAGAAUGCGGCAGAUUUGUUGGCUACUGCUAGCUUAGAUUCUGGUGCUCAUAUUGCCCUGGAUGCGACUGGGGCUGAGCCCUGUCUGAACUGUGGUAUCGCAGCCCUCGCGAAGGGUGGCACAUUCGUCCAAGUGGGCUUGGGAAAGCCGAACCUAUCACUUCCGGUAAGCCAGAUCUGCGAUAAAGAGCUUGUCUUCAAAGGAAGCUUUCGGUAUGGGCCUGGAGACUUCAAGUUGGCCGUAGGAUUGCUGCAUUCGCGCCGAAUCAGGAUGGAUGAUCUCGUCACCCAUGAAUUUCCUUUCAGCCAGGCUGAGCGAGCUUUUGAAAAUGUCGCCGGACGGGGUGGAAUUAAGAGUGUAAUCUACGGCCCGGAUGUCAACGAGCAAGAGGCAAAAGCAAGUUUAAUAUAG